GUAUGAUGUAUCUUUGACGAACACUCCAUUGACGAUUCUUGGUGUUAAAAGUCACUGAAAUUGCCAUGACGUCGAAAGAAUAUUUUCUUCCAAUCUCUUUGGGUUUCUGUCGAUUCGCCGCCGUGGUGAACUUUUCUUCUCCGAUUCUUUCAUUCUACAGCUUGAAUCGUCAUUAGCCCAAAAUUCCCGUGGUUUCAAUCUCCCAGAUGCAUCUGUUUCACAAGGAUUACAAAAUUCGACGACUGGAAUUCAUGGUGUGUAUAGAAAAAUGAUGAUUCUACAAACCUUCUAUGGAUUCUGAUGCAUGUGUUCGACUUCCGACCUCGAUCGUCAUUUUGAUUGCAAUUCUAUUAUUUUUCCGUUUUCGAUACUUGUUAAAUUGCGUCGGAGAGUGGAAUUUGUGGCUGCAUUUUGUUAUAAAUACAGAGGAGAUUGUCUUUUGACCCUUUAGGUUUUUUGAGGUUGGGAUUUGGGAUAAAUUUCUGGGAUAAAGUUGGAGGCUGCAAUUGCAUUGAGAUUUGUAAGAGAUGAAAAAUGAAGUUUGGAGAUGGGGAAUCGGUUUGUUUUAUAUAUUUUUGGUUGCAACCAUAUGGAUAGCUGCUAGUUUUGUAGUUCAAUCUGUUGUUGAUGAAGGUGUUUCACCAUUCCUCGUUACAUACAUCUGCAAUUCAUUGUUUGUUAUUUACAUCCCAAUUGUUGAAAUUGCACGUUUCUUGGAGGAUAAGUAUGGAAACUUAUUUUGGAAAGACAAAAAAUUGAAUGCAUUACAAGAAUUAAGGGAGGAACCAGAGCAAGCCAUACUUCUUGGAGAAACCAUUCUUGUUACAAAUGUUGAUCAUUACAACACUUCAAUGCAUAUGCAUAGGGAAGAUGGACAACCAAUUUUGAAGGGAGAAAGUAUUCUGUUAGAGACAGGAUGCUCGUCUUAUGACAAACAAGUGGAUGAAAAAGGGCGUUGGACGCGGAUUAGAGUGGCAAAAGUUAGCUUAUUGAUAUGCCCUUUUUGGUUUCUUGCUCAGCUCACUUUUAAUCUAUCAUUGAAAUAUACUACUGUUACAUCAAAUACCAUCCUAAGCAGUGCUUCCAGCCUCUUUACGUUUUUGGUUUCUCUAGCAUUUUUGGGCGAGAAGUUUACAUGGGUGAAGCUCGCUAGUGUUCUCCUUUGUAUGGGGGGCACAAUAAUUGUCAGCCUGGGGGAUUCACAAUCUGAAAUGAUGUUGAAUACUGCUUCAAAUCCUCUACUUGGUGAUGUUCUUUCUCUUGUCUCAGCAGCCUUAUAUGCUGUAUACAUUACCCUUAUUCGCAAGAAACUGCCCGAUGAUGAUGAGACGACUGGCAAAGCUAGUAUGGCACAAUUUCUUGGGUUCCUUGGGCUUUUCAACCUUGUUAUUUUCCUUCCUGUUGCCGUUAUAAUCAAAUUCACCAAAGUGGAACCAUUUCACUUGAGGACUUGGAAGGAAGUCGGCAUGAUUGUUGCCAAAGGAUUGUUGGAUAAUGUGCUGAGUGAUUACUUGUGGGCAAAAGCUGUUCUUCUAACCACGACUACUGUAGCAACAGCUGGUCUCACAAUUCAAGUUCCAUUGGCUGCCAUUGUUGAUUCAAUAACAGGCAAUGCCCCACAUCUCAUGGAUUAUCUUGGUGCUGUGGCUGUCAUGAUCGGUUUUGUUGGCAUCAACAUUCCAUCUAAUGCAUUUAACUGUUCCAAAGACAUCUCUAUCGAAUUGCCAAGUGAGAGUGUGAUUUCCGAUGAUCAUGUUCACACAACAUCAGUUAGGCAAGAUCCAGCUAGCAUUUCAUAGUAUGCAAAAGCUGGUUUGUAUUUGCCAUUUUGCACCUGCAGGUUGGGAUUAAAUCUGCAAAACCGCGCCAUACACAGAUAGAAGAAUGUCAAAUAGCUUUUCUAAAAGAAUACCAUUCUUUUUCCUGAUUCAGAAAUAUGAUAUACCAGCAUAAUCAAUACAUGCUCAAAAGGGUUUUCAGCACAUACAGGAUGGAAGUAAAUAUAGCCGUCAAGUAAGAGUUUGUCAUCUCUGAAAGAAAUAAUCUAAUUGUGUUAGGGUGAAUUGACAGUUUGGUGUUAAUAUAGAUUCAUUGGUGUUAAUAUAGUUUCUCUGUCACCUAUUUGCGUUGAUUUUGUCA